AUGGCAAGGCACACACAUGUGGCAAAACUUCCGUACCCUAUUAACCAGGAGGAGAUCAGAGCCUUGUUAAGGCACGCUGAGGCCCAUGGAGGACUCAUCAAGGAUUUCGCCGGGAGAGCCCAGAUCCUGACGAAGCUUCUCCAAGAUGACGUGAUGUGUGAGACUAGUAACUGUGCUGUGAGAGCAAUACUAAGUCAGAAAAUCCAGGGGAAAAGUUAUGUUGUCCUCUACGCAUCAAAAACAUUGGGUCAGGCGCAAAGGAACUAUGAUGUGACCGAAAAAGAAAUGCUAUUAGUAGUCUUUGCAUUUGGGGAGUUCAGGCAGCACCUAUUUGGUUCCAAAGUGAUAGUGUAUACAAAUCAGGCGGCCAUCAAAUACCUAUCGUCGAAGAGGAGAUCAAACCCGCAUUUGAUCAGAUGGUUACUCCUUCUACAGGAGUUUGAGUGGGAAGCAGUUGAUAGGAAAGGAUGUGAAAACAUAGAGGCGAGUCACCUGCGCCGAAUUCUGCAAAAAGAAAAUAAGGAAGCCAUUCCAGACAAGUUCCCCGAAGGGCACCUGCAUCUGAUCAAGUCGAAGUCUGAAGGACAGCGGAUCUGCCAGGAAAGGAUGAUUGAUCAAAGUAAACAGAGAAGCUGGGAGCAACUUGCACCAAAAAGGGCAAAGUUCGCAGGAAGGACCGACAGUUUGGAGAAAAGCGAGUUACCCGGUAGGAACGGAAUGUAG